CGCCGCGUAUUUCAUCACCCUUUUUGUUCACUCUUGUACUACUACUUGUUUUUGUUCUUAUCUCCUCGCCUACUCUCUUCACCUCUAGUUUUCCUCUCUCCCACUUCGUUCCCCAUGGAUAAAGCUGCCAUGGCUUGAGCGCCAAUCUUGGUGGAAAUUGCACUAGUGUGCAGCUAGUGCCUAGUGCCGACGACGAGCUGAGAGUGGGGGUCAUGGAGCUCAAGUACCGGCCGGCCUUGUUCUCGAACGGCGGCGCGGCUGCCAAAAAGAUGAGGCCGGCGGAGGGUUUCGUGUACGUGUACCGGGAGUGCCUCAAGAACCACGCGGCCAGCCUGGGCGGGCACGCCAUCGACGGCUGCGGCGAGUUCAUGCCUUCGCCGGCGGCCAACCCAUCCAACCCCACCUCGCUCACGUGCGCCGCGUGCGGCUGCCACCGCAACUUCCAUCGCCGACUGCAGGGGGCGCCGCCCUCCCCGCCUCUCCUCGCGCUGCCCCCCGUGCCCACGCACGCGGCGCCGGAGGCUGCGCCGCGCCUCAUGCAGGCUGUCCAACCACAGCGCGGCGAGGAGACGCCGGAGAACAGGUUACCACUUCCCGGCGACGACUACUCGGAGGAUACGGACGAGGGGUCUGACUACGACGACGACGACGACUACGGCCGCCCUGCCUCGCCGUUGCCGGCACCAGACAUACCGCCGCCCCCGCCCGGAUACCUUUCUGCGACGCACAUGCUUCUCUCGCUGAGCACCGGCGCGCCAGGUUCCUCCCCGGCGGUGAUGGCGUCGAGACCCCCUGCCCCCGCCGCAGGACCGCCUGACGCGUCGGCGUCGGCGGCGCGAAAGCGGAUCCGCACCAAGUUCAGCCCGGAGCAGAAGCUGCAGAUGCAGGCGCUGUCGGAGAGGCUGGGGUGGCGGCUGCAGAAGAGCGACCAGGCGCUGGUCCAGGAGCGCUGCCGCGAGAUCGGCGUCGGCAAGGGCGUCUUCAAGGUCUGGAUGCACAACAACAAGCACAACUUCCUCGGCGGCCAAAGCGCCCGCCGCAGCGCCUCCCUCGCCGCCGCUACUCCGCAUCCUUCCAGCUACGCCGCUCCUUCGCCAGCACCUGCUAUCGUCUCGGCGCCGCCCAUCCAUGCUGGCUUCAACAUCAACGGCUUCUCCGCCUUCCCGGCCCCGGACCACCCCAGCAUCCAACCGGCGACGGCGAGUGCUGGCUCUGGCUCCGCGCAGUCGUCCUAGACACUAGUCUCAAUUAAGCUUUUUUCUUCUCUUUUCGUAGUAGCAUCUUGUCGAAUUAACCAACCAACCCUGAUGAGACCAGCUGGUUAGAACUGAUGAUUCAGAAAUGGGAGACUUUUGGGAUCUGACGAUGUUAAUGAGUAGCCAUGAGCUAGCGAGCUGUGCAUGAUGGAUGGAUCAUGAAUUUGCAAAUCCUCGUCCAAGGUGGGGUACUUUUCUAGGAUCUGACGCUGUUCUUGAACGACUAGAAAAAUUCAAGUGUCUAUUCUCUCUGUCUCUUGGCUAAUCAUUGUUUUGUUCUGUUCA